CGCCAGUAAUUAUCAAUGAUAAAAUACGUACAGUAACAUUUUGAUUUGGUGGUGUACUAUUUUGAUUUGGUGCAAGUUGCAACGUAAUAUGGCUUGCUGCUGCAAACGGAAAGGGGAUGUGAGAAAAUGCGUACCGUUCUAUAUUAUUGGCGGAAUUUUAUGCAUAAUUGGUUUACCGCUGAUGAUCGUCGGUAUCGUUGCUGAUUUCGCGGGAGCUGACUCAGUUGGUUACAUUGGUGGUGUGGUCAUUUUCUUCGGACUGGGAUUCUUUUUGCUAUGGCACAUGUUUACGAUUGAAAAUAUUGACAAGAAUUUGGAUCUUGAUUAUGACCCUAAUGUAAAAGACAUUCGAGAUGUAGUUGAAAAGUCGAGGAUACGAGAGUCAACUUCAUUAUCUGCGAUUAGCUUCCAGCAAAAGAAGACUGGAGUUUCAAACUUGGCUUUUGAAGGUGAUAAAAGCGCUGACUCUGCAGUCGUGUUAACUGCUGAUGACGAAUCGCUUCACUCGCCGUCGAGUGCAAUCUCAAAAAAUGGAGAAGUAAACACCACUGACAAUAAUUCUGUAAAACGGGCGCCUCCACCCUUUUAUGAGUACGAUAACGAAGCGUUGGAAGUCGGUGAAAAGGAUGACGAUGGUUCAGGUGCUUCAUUUUUAAGUAUAUCGAAGAUCGACAUUGGGAGUACAUCAUCUAGCGCGAGGUCCUCUUACAACGGUACCACUACAACAACCAUGCACGAAAAUAUAGAAAUGAUUUCAGAUGGCACUAAACAGAAAUCUUUGCCGGUAGAAAUCGUAUAGCAGAAUACAAUAUAUUGAACUGAGUCAAAUCCAAUCCCACUGGAAGAAUGCCCCCAGCAUGCUUUUGAACGGAACAUAAUGUAUCUUCUGGAGCGUGUAAAAUAAAAAUAUGCAAGACCGACAACCAAGUAUAUGUCAAGCUUCAAUUUUAUUUCUGAUUUAAUGAGCUUAUAGCCUAUUAUACACAGUCAGACAUAAUUAUAGAUUUGGAAUUGUUCCGCGAAAGUCCUCGCUUAAUAUCUUGUGUUCGCAACUAAUUUUGCGUUAGGCCUACUUGAUUCAUAUGAAAAUUUUCUAUUUUGCACAAUGCCUCAACACUAACUAGAGCUGGUAAAUGAAUUCGAAUUUACGUUACUAGUGUCUAUUAUUUCUGGCAAGAUGUGUCCCACUGUCAUUUGGUUAUAAUUCUGACUACUAUUACUCGCAUUGUCGAAGGAAAGCAUGUUAUUUUAAUUGAAUCAUUUCUUAUGACCGUCCAAGAUUCUAGAUCCUUAGCUAUUUAAUAUUUAUCAUGUUAGAAUAGAGAAGCAGUGGAAACCGCAAUUUUGAAUUUCAAAAUGCUUUAGAGAAAAAUAUAAUAUACUAUUAUGCUAUUGCAAUAGAAUACGAGCUACUUUAGAAUAUUAUUUUUAUUGAAUGUGCCUUGAUAUAAUAUAUUUUAUUGCAUCUAGCUCUUUCGAACAAAAUCGUUCCCUAACUUUACUUUAUUUAUUAUCAUGCAAUGUUCCCCAUUAAUUGUGGUUGCGUUAUAAAAUGCUUUUCGAGUUUGAAAGUUUUGUUUUAAUGGUAUGCGGAUAAUUUUCAAUGUAUUACCUAUCUAAGAAUGCGCCAGCAAGGAUACAAUGAAAAAAAACCGUGGCCCUCUUCCAAAGACUCUCAACACCUGUGGCCCCAUGUUCUCAGUAGAAAAAACCUACUUUUUUUGAAGCGUUUUUUUCAUCAGUUAUUUUGUGCACCACUUUCAAAAAUAAAAAA